CUCCUUCUUAGAUAUAAAAAGACUAUACGUAGUAGUAAUAGAAAUAUAACUAGUAUAACGCCUAGUAGUAGUAUCUAUAAAAUAAUAAAGGUUCUUCUCUUUAUAGCGCUUAUAAUAGAAAGUUAUUUUAUUCUCUUACUUUUUUAUACGGUUAGCACGAGCGCGGCGCUUAGAGGUUAA